CUAUGGAUAUCUGCCCUUUACAAUAUUUUUGAUAAAUAAUCCAAUUUAAUGAAAUAAAUACAAGUGAUUUUUUUAAUAUUUAAAAAGUUUUGAUAAAUUCAUUUUGAAGAAGUACCAACUCUUCAGACUCAAGAGUAUAAGAAGGGCUUUAAAAGUUUGACACCAAUGUCGAAGUGUACAAGACACUCUUAAUAGCACCAGACAUACAGGAUGCCUUUUUCAGAGCGAAAUGGGUGGCACAAAAAUGCGAAAGAAAAAUCACACUAAGAAAAAUGUGCACAACUCUAAGAAGAAUGUUCAAGGGAAGAUCAACAAAGUCACAAGUAGCAACACUAACAACCAGACGACGGAAGUAGCUGUCUAUGAUGCAUUGUUUGCCAAGCAGCAAGUGGCGAGACAUUUCGGGACCUGCGUGGUGUGUCACAAACAGGAUUUUUUCCUGAAGUCUUGCAGCCGGUGCAAGGAGGCGAAGUGCUGCCUCAAAUGUCUUGGCGAUCAUAGAAUCAAAGAUGAACAACGACUUGUCUGUGUUCGUAACGUGCUCUUCGCCAAUGCCAGGGAAUGUAUACCGCUGGAGUUAAAAGAACACUACUUCAACAACGGCUUUGCAGAGAUUAGUUCACACUUGUACAGUGUUCCAAAGCGAGAAGUCUUUCAUCUAAUGGGUCACUCCAGGAGUGUAGUGCUGGUUCAAGUGUUAGAAUUUAAUAUUGUCCCCCUGGAACCACCAGAUCUACUAGCUACAAAUAUUGUCCAGCUCAAGGUACAGGACAAUGACGGCUUGCAGGCGGCAAUACACAUUCACCCAAACGUGUUUGCGAUGCUUUUUUUCGGCCAAGGGUCCUGGUUGAGUGAUUUGGAGACUCAAUUGCCACCGGGAACAUUUAUCUUGUUAACAGGCAUCUUUUGGAACUAUCGCGUCAACGGGGCCUCAAUCGACGUGGCUGACUACGAGCAACAGAUGCAUGUCGUUCCUGAAACAGCUAAAAUUUGUAAAUCAAUCACCUCAAAGGAUUGCGAGGUUCUCAAUCGGGUAAAUUACAGGCUAAGUAGAAGACAGAUGACGUAAAAGACGGAGUCUCAUAUCCAUGAGUCGACAUCACAGCAGCAGUACAAAAUAUUGAACUGUAAGACAGUUACGUAACUUCCUUUCAAUCUCGGUGUUGAAUUUGUUAUUCUUGCAUAACAAAGUAGGUCGACAGAGUAGGUCAAUAAAGUAUGUCAACAAAGUAGAUCAGCAAAGAAGUUCAACGAAGUAGUUCAAGUAGGUCAACAAAAUAGGUCAUGAAAAUAGGUCAGCUCAUACAAGAACUAAAUAACACGAUAAGAAGCUUAGACAAAAACAUGAAAUGUUGACGUGUGUACAGCAUUUAACUCAGAAAUACAUUUAUUGACUUACAAUUUCAAGCUUAUGUGUCCUACAAAGCGUUUUUGUAAUCUCAUAUUUACCAUCAAAUCACUUUAGAGAUGAACUUUUGUUUCUAUAUUGUUGAUUAUAUGAGCACUCUAGAAGCUUGUCUGAUAAGUAAGACAAAAGUUAGUUAGUAUUUAAAUCUGUUAGGGAAUGACUCUAACGAAAGUGGUUCGAUGGUCACAUACUUUUUGUGUUUCAAAACUUUGAUUUCACGCAACAGGAUAUAGUAAAACGUCUCAAAAUCUUUCAAAAUUAAAAAAAAUUGAUUUAAAAUAAGAACAAAAGAAAAAAAAACAGGUUUCUGAUUAAACUGAGAACCAAAUACUGAAAAAUAAAUCUUAUAUCAAAUGCCGAAUGAUGAUAAGAAUUAUAUUUAAAAAUUCUGUAAAGAAAUGCUUAUGUUAUUGCUGUAUGUACGGGUACUAAUGUUACAUUUUGUUUGUGAAUGAGAGAGAGAGAGAGAGAGAUAGAGAGAGAGAGAGAGAGAGAGAGAGAGAGAACACAAAGAGAAAAAAGAUAUUAAAAAAAGGAAGAGAGAUGUAUAAAUCAAAUCUUAUAUAUUACAGACGUUACUUAAAGAAGAUAACUAUGUCCUACGCAUUCCAUGUGUCAAUCUAGUCAUGUAUAUUAAAGUGAUUUAAACUCUGCUAAGUCGUUGGUUUUCCUGGCUGAUUCAGGCAACCCAUUCUAUUCUCUAUAGGCACUAGGAAAGAAGAAGUACUUGUACGAAUUUGUUCUAGUGUGCCUCUAUCCUUGUGUAUUUCUAAGUAUUGUUACGUAUUUCUGAUUUUCUGGCUAAAUGUACUAGGCACACAAAUAAAAGAAACACUGCAAAGAACUUGACGACUCAACUUUCAGCUUUAAAUAACUUUAUUGAAUUAUAACUAUAACAAUUUGUCACUGUAACAUGUAGCGUAUACGUCUUACAUCGACUGUAUCGACUGUAACGGCUCAAGUCCACUCUCUUCUACUGUCUCGCACAGUAGAGAACAGUAUCGACGACUGUACUGACUCCUUUCACAUGAACAUCUCUGGUUUAUAAAGAGUCCCUAAUCGCUUGUCUAUUGUUGCAAAAACACUGCUAGUACCCUCUGGAACAACAUGGGAGGAAACAUCACAUCCUGUUGUUGUUUAUACAUGUCGAUACCAGAGGAUGCCUGCUGCAGUGUCAUCUCGCCGAGGUCACACGUAGUGACCUCUAACUGUCACUGUUCAUUUGUCACAAUGCCCCCCCCUUCGUAAAUCUGUUCGUCCUCUGGAACAACACGUGAGGCACGUCCCAUCCUGUCUUUGUUUACAUGCAUAGAUUCCAGAUAACACUCGGUGCUGUGUCAUCUCGCCGGGGUCACACAUAGUGACCUCUACCUGUCACUGUUCAUUCGUAACACUGCCCCCUUCUUAGAUCUGUUCGUCCCGAACAGAUUCUAUUUCACCACGGUACUGAUGGAGUCGGUCAACGUGGACAACCUUCAGCUUGGACCGUGGACUUUUCUGUAUCCGGUAGACCACGUCGUUUAUUCUUUUUACGACACGGUAUGGACCUUCCCAGUCUCUUUGGAGUUUCGGGGAUCUGCCUUUUCGUCUCUGUGGGUUAUAGAGCCACACUAGAUCAUUCUCAUGGAACCCCGACGUAUUGGCCCGUUUGUCAUACCUCGUUUUCAUCAGGUCACUGUUGGUCUUGAUGUUUCUGCGGGCCAAUACAUGAGCAUUCUCCAAUCGUCUUCGGAGAUUGGUGACAUAUUCAGUUGAAGACACUGGCGUAUCUCUCGGAAUCCCAAAUAACAGGUCACAUGGUAGACGAAGCUCACGACCAAAUAACAUCUUCGCUGGGGUAUAUCCUGUGGUGCUAUGAACGGAUCCUCUGUAUGACAUGAGGAACAUGGGGAUAUGGGUGUCCCAGUGGUCUUGUCGGUCAUCAGUAACCUUAGACAGAUGUUGUUCUAGGGUUCUGUUGAAUCGCUCCACCAUUCCAUCAGAUUGCGGAUGGAGAGCUGUCGUGUGAGUCUUUUCGAUGCCAAGUGUCUUGCACAUCUCCUGGAAAACUUUGGACUCGAAGUUCCUGCCCUGGUCAGAGUGCAACUCAUUAGGUACACCAAAGCGACUGAUCCAGUUAUCCACGAGUGUUUCGGCCACUGUGAUAGCUUCUUGAUUUGGUAUGGCAUAAGCUUCUGGCCAUUUGCUGAAAUAGUCCAUGACUACCAAGAUGUAUUUGUUUCCUUUCUCGGUUUCAGGAAAUGGGCCUGCUACAUCUAUUGCGAUCCUUUCGAAUGGAACACCAACAUUAUACUGUUGCAAAAGACCCCUAGUUUUGCGUCGAGGGCCUUUUGCUGCCGCACAUAUGUCGCACCUUCGACACCAUUCCUCUACAUCCUCUCUAUAUCUGAACCAGUAGAACCGCUGACGAACUUUUUCCAGAGUCUUAUUGACACCAAGAUGAGAUCCGCUAGCGCCAUUAUGCAUCUCUUUCAGUACUUCAGCAACUCUCACCUUCGGUAACAUCAGCUGAAGGCGAUUGGAUGUUCCAUCAGCAGAUUCCCAAACUCUUUUGAUGACACCAUUGACCAACGUCAGCGAGUCCCACUGAGCCCAGUACGCCUUGGUGGCUACCCCCUUCUCAGAGAUGUCUUUCCAAUCUGGCCGUUGUCCAUCUUCUUUCCAUAGAAGAAUGGGAGCCAGAUCUUCAUCUUGCAUUUGGUCCUCUCGAAUCCUUUUAUCACACCAGGGUCCGGAAACAUCUACUCCGAGCCGAAGACAAUUGACAGCUACCUCCUUUUCCUCAGCCUUCUUGCAGUGCUUACAUUCUGCUUUGCAGGGUCGUCGAGACAGUGCAUCAGCAUUCUGGUGAACUUGCCCUUUUCGGUGCUUAGUUUCAAAUUCAUAGGUUUGAAGACGUUCGAUCCACCUUGCCACCUGACCUUCAGGGCUCUUAAAUGAAAGCAACCAUUGCAGAGCUGCGUGAUCUGACCUUAAGAUAAAUUUCUGCCCGUAUAGGUACUUGUGGAAAUGUUUUAUUGCAUCCACAGCAGCCAGCAAUUCACGUCUCGUCACACAGUAGUUCCUUUCAGCUCUCGAUAGGCUUCGACUGAAGUAUGCGAUGACUCGUUCAGUUUCAUCCACCUUUUGGGACAAGACUGCGCCUAUUCCAGUGUUGCUUGCAUCUGUGUCGAGUAUGAAUGUCUUCCCUGGAAUGGGGUAGGCCAAUACUGGUGAUGAGGAUAGUGUGUUUUUCAGCCUCUCGAAAGCUUCUUGACAUUCAGAUGUCCAAAUAAAUGGCCUCUUUUGCUCUGUCAGUUGAUGAAGGACCUUACAGAUGUUUGAGAAAUUUGGCACAAAACGUCGGUAGUAUGUACAGAGUCCCAAGAAACUUCUCAGCUCAUGGAUAUUACUUGGCGUAGGCCAUCGUUUCACUGCCUCAACUUUGUCAGGGUCAGUGCUGACUCCGUCAUUUGACACAAUGUGACCAAGGUACUUAACGUUUUUCCUGAAUAAGGAACACUUCUUUGGGCUGAGUCUCAUUCCCGCACUUCUUAUCCGUUGAAAUACUUCCUUCAGAUUUGCAAGGUGAUCUUCAAACGUUUUGCCAAUGACAAUAAUGUCAUCAAGGUAAACAAGGCAUGUAGUCCAAUGAAGUCCUCGUAAAACCCUCUCCAUCAAUCGUUCAAAGGUGGCUGGUGCGUUGCAGAGACCGAAUGGCAUCACAGUAAAUUGCCAGAGGCCAUUGCCAGCAGAGAAGGCGGUUUUCUCUCUAUCAUUGGGAUGCAUUUCAACUUGCCAAUACCCACUCUUUAGGUCGAGAGUAGAAAAUACCUGGGACCCUGCAAGCGUGUCCAAAGUAUCGUCGAUUCUAGGAAGUGGAUAACUAUCUUUAUGUGUGACUUCAUUCAGAGCUCUGUAAUCUACACAAAAUCGCAUAGAUCCAUCCUUCUUCUUUACUAAGACAAUAGGCGAACACCAAGGACUAUUUGAGGGCUCAAUGAUUCCUUGCUGCGUCAUGCCCUCUAUCAUGUCCAUAGCUUCUUGUUGCUUUGCUAGCGGCAAGCGACGUGGUGGCUGUCGAAUCGGUCUGGUGUUUCCAGUGUCUAUUCGAUGUUGUACCAUGUUUGUCCGUCCGCAGUCUGUUUCAUCAGAUGGCAGAAUAUCUUCAAACUCAAUGAUCAACUGUUCCGCUUUGCUGUACUGCUCAUCUGAUAAAUUCACUUUCAUUUCUGUCAGGAGCUUGGUAAUUUAUGGAUUGAAAGGUUUGGUGGAAUUAACGAUCGUGAUAUCAUUAUUACAGUUUCUGAUCAGGUCAAGAGUAUUACAUAUUGCGAUGGGUCUGUCUUUCUCUAGAUGUCUCUCCUGUAGGCCGAGGUUCAUGAUUCUGACAGGCACCUUUUGAUCUUUUCCGACAAGGACCAAUGUUUUUCCUACUGCCAUUCCGCUGUUGUCAUUUUCAAUGCCUUCCACUAUCGCCGUCAUCGUUGCAGUUUGACCAUGCUCUAACUUUCCCCAGAUAAUAGCUUCAGACUGAGCUGGCAAACUUGUAUCUUCUGUUAAAAGGAUUCUUUUUAUUUGACCAUUCUCUUCAUCUUCAUCCCCGAGCAAGGGAAUCUCAACAUCACCACAUUUCAAAGUACCACCUCCGAUGUUCAGAGAGAAUUCACAUUUCUGCAUAAAAUCGAGCCCAAUAAUACAGUCAUCUGUAAUGUUAGCGAUCAGAAAUUCAUGUAUAAAUGACUGAUGCCCGAGCUCAAAGUUUAUAUUUGUCAGUCCAUGUAUAGGCAUCAUCUCUCCACUGGCCGUCUUCAAGGAGUAAGAGUUCACUCUCUUGAUUUCGUUCUUUUUGACAAUGUCUGGACGAAUGACUGAACGUGAGGCACCAGUAUCUAGAAGAAAACGGUAAUUUCGAGAUCCAAUUCUACCAUUGAUGUACAGACUUUUAUUCUUCCCUAACACAGCGACUGGAAUUAUAGUUGCAGGGGCUGUCAUGUUCUUGAUCGCCGAUUUUUGCCCCAUAAAACCGGCGAAAGUUAGUUUCCCUGGUAGACAUGAGCACCUGACCUUGCAUCUGUCUCCGGUCUGUGCUGAUACUCUGUUUGUCGGGGAAAUCUUCUCGUGCAGUUCCUUUGUAGAUGGCCAGGUUCUCCACAAUUCCAACAACGUACACUGGUUCUAUUCUGUCCUUCUUGCUUCUUAUUUGGUCUGCGUUCUUCUAGCACUUCAGUUACCCUUCUGAGAAGUUGUGUAAGAUCUUCUUCUUGGACUUCCAGCAUACGCCCAUGAUGGAUAUUCUUAGAGGCGUCUUUGGCGGCUUCAUAGGAGAGGGCGUAGACCAGAGCUUCGCUGGAUUUGCGCUUACCACUGAUUCUUAUUGCCUUCUUCAGUUCUGGAUCUCGAAUAGCAUCAAUGAAUGCAUCAGUGAUAAUGACGUCCAGAAAGUCUUGUGCUGCUGUUGGAUAUGCCAAAUGAGCAAGACGUUCUAUGUCCGCCUCUAGCUCUUGCAAGGUUUCACCGGAGCGUUGUUGUCGGGUUUUCAACUGAACUCUAUAAACUUCUUGUAAAUGUUCGUCUCCGUAACGGAGCUCCAUAGCCUUAACAAUGGCAGCGUAAUCUUGUUGAUUUGUUAUUGACUGAAGCAGUUCUGCUGCCUUCCCUCUUAAAGCUAACACCAGAGCAGUCGCUUUCACUUCUUCAGUGUUCCAGUUAUUAACCUUGGCCGCUGCCUCAAACUGUCUUUUGUAAACAGUCCAUGAGAUGGAUCCAUCAAACACAGGCGGCUUUAUCUUCCCAGAGAUUUCGGGCACUAAUGUUUUUGUUCUAGUACCCUGUUCCUUACUCAGUUGUUCUUGGACAUGAGUCCUUAUCUCUUCCAUUUCUUUUUCCACAGUGUUGACUCUCUGGUCAAUCUUCUCGUUCAUAGAGCUCAUCUGUUCAUUUACUUUUUCAUUCAUGGCGUUUAUUUUCUUGAGGCUCUCCUUCAUUAAGUCCAUCUGGCCCUGCAUGUUACUCAGGAUCUCUGUCAUAUCUGGGUUUAAUUCAAAUAUGUAUUCAUCUGGAUCUUGAUCUUCCUCAAUAAGGGCCUGUCUUAGGCGUUCUGUUAGUGUUUCUUUGUUACCAUUGAGCUGCAGACCUCUCUCACGAAGUUCUUGCCUUAAUUCUUUGACCAACAGCUGGUUAAGUAGUUUCCUCGAAGACAUUUCAGCCAGAAAACAUCCCACUUCUGACACCAAUUGUUACGUAUUUCUGAUUUUCUGGCUAAAUGUACUAGGCACACAAAUAAAAGAAACACUGCAAAGAACUUGACGACUCAACUUUCAGCUUUAAAUAACUUUAUUGAAUUAUAACUAUAACAAUUUGUCACUGUAACAUGUAGCGUAUACGUCUUACAUCGACUGUAUCGACUGUAACGGCUCAAGUCCACUCUCUUCUACUGUCUCGCACAGUAGAGAACAGUAUCGACGACUGUACUGACUCCUUUCACAUGAACAUCUCUGGUUUAUAAAGAGUCCCUAAUCGCUUGUCUAUUGUUGCAAAAACACUGCUAGUACCCUCUGGAACAACAUGGGAGGAAACAUCACAUCCUGUUGUUGUUUAUACAUGUCGAUACCAGAGGAUGCCUGCUGCAGUGUCAUCUCGCCGAGGUCACACGUAGUGACCUCUAACUGUCACUGUUCAUUUGUCACAAUGCCCCCCCUUCGUAAAUCUGUUCGUCCUCUGGAACAACACGUGAGGCACGUCCCAUUCUGUCUUUGUUUACAUGCAUAGAUUCCAGAUAACACUCGGUGCUGUGUCAUCUCGCCGGGGUCACACAUAGUGACCUCUACCUGUCACUGUUCAUUCGUAACAGUAUUUUAUAAGGUUUCGUUUUUUCUAUUUGUAAGCUAUGAUCUAGUGUUUUAUGUAUUCUAGCUACUUGACUUUUUAUUCAACACACAUCGAGCUAUUCAUGUAUAAAUAUAAUGUUUUUGUACAAAUGCAAUAAAACUGAAUUGGUCUUUUAA